CACCGCGUCCGUCGCGGCCAUGGCUCGAGAGGUGCUGGGUCUGGGUAAGCAGCUGGCGGCCGAGGCCACCUGCCCGUUGUGCCUGGAUCUGUUCGCGCAGCCCGUGCUGACGGCGUGCGGGCACAGCUUCUGCGGGCAGUGCCUGGAGGGCGUGCUGGGGGACCCGCCGCGCCGCGCCGCCUGCCCGCAGUGCCGCGCCGCGGUGGAGCCGGGCUCGCUGCGCCCCAACCGCUCGCUGGGCGCCAUGGCGGGGCUGGCCCGGGCCCUGGAGGAGGUGGCGGCGCGGCCGCUGUGCCCCGAGCACGGCGAGCUCCUGGCGCUGUUCUGCGAGCCCUGCGCCGCCCCGCUCUGCGCGCUCUGCCGGGACGGGCCCGGGCACCGCCAGCACCGUGUCCGCCCCGCCGACGAGGCCGCACGGGAGCUCCGGGAGACACUCCAGAGCAACCUGCUUUUUCUACAAAAACAGAAGGAAAAAUUGAAGCCCAAAGGAGACCAGAAAACUGAUGACCUGCUGAUGACGGUGGUCUCAGAGGCACAGCGUGUGCGCGACACCUUUGAGGAGCUGCAGCAGUUCCUGAAGGAGCAGCAGAAGAUCUUCCUGGCCCAGCUCGAGCGGAUGUCCCAGGAGCUUCUUGAGAAGAGCCAUGAAUACAGCUCCAGGGUUUCAGAGAGGGACUCGCUGCUGGACACAGUGAUUGCGCAGAUCGAGGAGAAACGGGACCAGCCGGUGGUCGAGUUCCUCAUGGAUGUUGGCAAAAUCCUGAGCAGCUGCGAGGCAGCCAAGGCCCCGAUCCCAGAGCCGGUUUCCCCGGAGCUGCAGAGGAGCGUUGAGAGCCUGUCUGAGAUGAGCCAGCUGAUCGUGGACAUGGUGGCCAAAUUCAAAGUGAACCUGCAGAAGCAGAUAGACAGUGAAAAGGAGACAGUGAUGCUGGACCCGGAGACGGCGAGUCCUCACCUGACCCUUUCGGAGGAUUACAAAACCAUCCGGCUCGGAGGUGGGAAACAAAACCUCCCUGAUACCUCCAAGAGAUUCACAGGCAGCCCCAGUGUCCUGGGCUCCCGGGGGUUCACGUCUGGGAGGCAUUACUGGGAGCUGGAGGUCGGGAAAGGGAACAGCUGGGCUGUAGGGGUGGCCCUGGAGUCCGUGCAGAGGAAGGAGUCGCUCAGCCUGGCCAUGGGGAAGAUCUGGGCUCUGCGGCUGGACUGGGACGACCAGUACAGAGCACUCCGCAUGCCUCCUGUCCUGCUGGAAGUGAGGGAAGAGCUCCACAGAAUCAGGGUCCACCUGGACUAUGAAGCGGGCCGAGUGACCUUCUACAACGCAGAGAGCAUGACGCAGAUUUUGCAGUUUGAGGCCACCUUCACUGAGAAAGUCUUCCCAUAUUUUUGGCUCUGGUCACGAGAAACCCACAUCCAGCUGUGUGACUGAUAGGGUCAGAUGGCUCCCAGGCCCCUGCCUGUGCCCUUGGCUAGCUGAGCAGGGAAGAGAUGUGGGAGAGACACGGCAUCACGCUGCAAGCUCACUGCAGCUCUGCCUGGGCUGGAUCCGCUGUGCGCUUUGCUGCAUCUCCUCUCACUAAGUCCUUUAGAGCAUUAAAGAAGUGCUGUCCUGCC